AUGCCUUGGAAGCGUAAGGGCCAGGACCGUGACGACUGCCCCAAGGACCUCAACGAGAUCCCCUACAUCCGAUGGAUGAAUGAGCAAAUCGCCAACGGCCGUCUUCGCACUGGAUUAUCUGCUCUAGUUGCGCCAGACCCGCAGGGUUCUACUGCACAGUCGCCACGCGCAGGUCCGUCUCACGUGCGGCGUCAGCCAACCAGGCCCGCCGCGUCGCAUCGGCCCGUCGCAGAGCCGGAUGAAGAUGAGUCUGACUCAGACUACCAUGGCUAUACAGUUGGCACCGAUGAUGAUGACGACGAGGAGGACGAUGACGGUCAGUCGGAGGACGAAAAAGGUGACGACGAUGACGACGACGCCGCGGAAGAAGAGACGCAACCCGUGACACCGCCGCCUAAAUGGAACGUCAGCAAGACAACCGACGCGGAUAAGCAGAAGGGCAAAGCGCCAGCAGAUGAACUCCGUCAAGUGCCAGCGAAAAAGCGGUCGCAUGCCUGCGCGAGAAGAGUAUGUGGUCGGACCGCAAAAAUGUCAUCUUCGUAG